UUUCUUCAUAUUAAUUUAUUCUUUCAUUAAAUCAAUUUGGUUAUGGUCCGAUUGUGGAACAUAGGAUGGAGAUUAAUCUAAGGAAUGCAAUAUGACCUUUCUUGGUAAAAGAACAUCAUCAAGUAAAUGAUAUUUCAACUAUCUUAUCAAAUGGAUAUAUAUUUCAUGUUUGUCCCUCCAUGACAAGUCAUGUGAUCUAUUUGGUUUUUUUUCUUGUUAUGCAUGAAUUCUAACAGCGCCUAUGGCAGAACAGAUAUAUUGGGGACAUGGUAUUUAUGGUAUUCAAUCUGCAUCAAAGUUUUAUUUCGGGAAGCUCAUAUCCCUUCUUAGCUUGGGAGAAUGUGCUAUGCUUGCAGCAAUGAUACCAGCACCAGAGCUGCGGUCACCAUUCAGGGACUCUAGCAGAGGAAAGAUCUUCCAAGCUAGAGUUUUGAAAAGGAUGGUCGAAUUUGGAUUUCUAGAUGUCGAGGUGGCAGGCAUUGCUGUAAAACAACCUCUCGUAUUUAAUUCUGGAAGCUCAGCUCAUUCAGAUGGGUUCUUGAUUAUAUCGCAAGAGGUAAAUCCAGAUUUCUUUUUUCCAGUCUCAUUUCAGUUCUGA